GUAAAGCUCGAGUCACCACUGCCGAAGUCCUCAGCGUUCAAAAACUUGUGAAACGCUGCAUGUCUAGCAAAAUUUACUUUUUUUUUAUGGGAAUAUAAAUUUUUGUUGAGGUGCUGUUUCAACCCUAAUCCUCCCACCAAGAAUGAAACUAUUUGAAAAUUAAGAUGCCAACAGAUCACGAGCAGCCCUGUGGUCCCAGGCACAGGUCAUUUUGCCUGAAUGGGGGCAUUUGUUAUGUGAUUCCUACUCUCCCCAGCCCAUUCUGUAGGUGCAUUGAAAAUUAUACGGGUGCUCGUUGCGAAGAGGUUUUUCUCCCAAGUUCCAGCAUCCAAAGCAAAAGUAACCUGUCGGCAGCUUUCUUGGCGCUGGCGGUCCUCGUCACUCUUGCCAUCGCGGCGCUCUGCUUCCUGUGCAGGAAGGGCCACCUUCAGAGGGCCGGUUCAGUCCAGUGCGAGAUCAGCCUGGUGGAGACAGGCAAUACCAGUGCCUGCCACAGUGAGUAA